AUGACAGUAGACUCUUUUAUUUUGGCUCUACGACGUUUCUUUAGCAGGAGAGCAAUACCAAAAAUCAUUAUGUCGGACAAUGCCCUGACGUACAUAUCCACUGCCAAACUACUGAAGACAGAGAUCCUUGGGACAUACGAAGUAGAAUGUAUCGUCAAUGACCGCCCACUCACGCACAUUUCUACAGACCCCACUGAUGAGGAACCUCUUACCCCUUCCCAUCUGCUGUAUGGGCGCAGAAUUACCUCCCCUGUUUACCCAGACGAUCGAGAAGCCACAGCAGACGACAUUUCCCACAAUUCUGCAGACAAACUUUACAGGUUUAAGUCUGCAACGAUUGAACACUUUUGGUCGAGAUGGAAGCAUGAAUAUCUCACAUCUUUGCGACAGUUUCAUAAGAUGUCUGGCAAUCAUGGCGAUACUCUUACGGUUGGAGACGUAGUGCAAAUACAUGACAAUAACCUUCCGAGAAAUCGCUGGUCCCUUGGCGUCAUAGAGGACGUUGUCACUGGUAGAGAUGGUCUUAUCCGAGCAGCCCGUAUCAGAUCCAGACGAGGUGUUACCAUGCGACCCAUUGCCAAGCUGUAUCCACUCGAGUUGAAAUAA